AUGUCGCAAGAAGAAGCUGAGUCUAGUAUCGUUUAUGAGGAACCAAUUGAUAUUCCGUUAGAUGAUGAUGACGAUGGAGAUGAAAUGGAAGAAGAAGAAAACAACGUACCAUUGAGCAGUCAGGCUGAUCAAGAAGUUGAAGAUAAUGAUUCAGACGAUAGUGUCAAUAAUGAAAUUGGAUCGGAGACUCCCAGAAGUGUUACAGGUCUUUCUGCUGACCCAAGAGACGUCGCAGAAGAAGAAGAAGAAGAGGAUGAAGAGGGAGAAGAAGAAGAGGAAGAUGAAGAAGAAGAGGACAAUGAUGACGAAAAUGAAAAUGAAUUGGAAGAUUCUAGGGAUAAGAGGGCACAACCUACUGCUCAAACUAGUAAACGGUAUAAGAAAUAUCCAAAGUUAGAUCCUGCAAAAGCACCUCCUGGAAAGAAAGUCCCUCUACAUCUUUUAGAGAAAAGAAGACUCGGCCGUAUUAAGGCUGCUGAAGAAUUUGCCAAGACGUUGAAGAAAAUUGGAAUUGAAAAAGUGGAGGCAACCACUUUACCUGCCACUGGUUUGUUUCAACCUUUAAUGUUAAUUAACCAGAAAAACUAUUCAUCAGAUUAUCUGAAAAAAGACGAUCAAAUAUUUGCCCUUAGAGAUAGAAAAUUCUUGAGAAAUAAUAAUACUACUCAAGUAUCGAGUACCAAUACACCAGAUGUUAUAGAUUUGAAAAACUUGCCUCACUCAGAAGCUAAUACAGCAUCACUUAAUGAAGAAAUAGACUUAAACGAUUCAACUGCCACCAUUGUGAUACACCCAGGCUCUAAUUCUGUGAAGAUUGGAUUUCCCAAAGAUGAACAUCCUGUACUAGUUCCAAAUUGUGUAGCAGUACCCAAAAAAUGGUUGAAUCUUGAAAGCAGUGAGAAUGAUGAGAUUUUUUCAUUGCAAAGAGAGCAAUCGGAAAAGUUUCACAGCAUAAAGUCAGAUAUGGAAAAGAAUUUCAGAGAACGUAUGAGGUAUUACAAAAGAAAAGUGCCAGGGAAUGCUCAUGAACAAGUAAUUUCUUUUAAUGAAAACUCCAAACCUGAGAUCAUUUCAGAAAAAAAUGAUCCAUCUCCCAUAAAAUGGAUCUUUGAUGACUCGAAACUAUACUAUGGUUCAGAUGCAUUGAGAUGCGUCGACGAAAAAUUCAUCAUUAGAAAACCCUUUAAAGGAGGCUCUUUUAACAUCAACUCACCAUAUUAUAAAUCAUUGGCGGAGUUAAUCUCGGAUGUCACUAAACUUUUGGAAUAUGCUCUCAAGUCAGAGACUUUAAACGUCAAGCCUGCCAAAUUCAAUCAGUACAAAGUUGUUUUGGUGAUACCAGAUAUAUUCAAAAAAAGUCAUAUAGAGACUUUCAUAAGAGUUCUUCUCACUGAGUUGCAGUUUCAAGCAGUCGCUAUUAUUCAAGAAUCAUUAGCAACCUGCUAUGGUGCUGGGAUCAGUACUUCCACAUGCGUAGUGAAUAUAGGUGCUUCUGAGACCAGGAUUGCUUGUGUUGAUGAGGGAACAGUUUUGGAACACAGUGCCAUCACUCUAGAUUACGGCGGAGAUGACAUUACGAGACUAUUUGGCUUAUUUUUAUUACAAAGUGACUUUCCUUUACAAGAUUGGAAGAUCAAUUCUGAACAUGGCUGGCUUUUGGCUGAACAGUUGAAAAAAAACUUCACUACUUUUCAAGAUGCCGAUGUAGCCGUUCAGCUAUACAACUUCAUUAACCGUUCGCCCAAUCAACCUACUGAAAAAUACGAAUUUAAAUUGUUCGAUGAGGUUAUGCUAGCACCAUUGGCUCUAUUUUUCCCACAAAUUUUUAAGUUAAUACGAACUUCCUCUGACAAAAAUUCAAGCCUAGAAUUUCAACUACCUGAAUCACGUGAUCUCUUUACAAAUGAAUUGAAUGAUUGGAACUCUUUGUCACAGUUUGAAAGUAAAGAAGGAAAUCUGUAUUGUAAUCUGGAUGAUGAUCUCGAGAUCUUGAAAAAAAUACUACAGGCUCAUAACAUGAUCGAUCAACUUCAAGAUAAACCUGAAAAUUAUGGUAAUAUCUCAAAGGAGAACUUUGCACCCUUAGAAAAGGCUAUCAUCCAAAGUAUAGCAAAUGCAUCCAUAACUGCAGACGUGACAAGAAUGAAUUCGUUUUAUUCAAACAUCCUCAUUGUAGGUGGUAGUUCUAAGAUACCAGCUUUAGAUUUUAUUUUAACGGAUAGAAUUAAUAUCUGGAGGCCCUCUUUGUUAAGCUCGGCUUCUUUCCCACAAUUCUACAAAAAAUUAACUAAGGAAAUCAAGGAUUUAGAAAGCCAUUUUGUUAAUGCCCCUGACAAGACGGAAGAAGAGAACAAACUGGUUUUGCAAAGGCAAAUUAAGGAAAAGGUUGUAGAAGAGCUGGAUGAGCAGCAUCAGAAUAUUGAGAACCAAAAUGGUAACGAACACGUUUUCCCAAUAAGUAUAAUUCCGCCCCCACGUGAUAUGAAUCCUGCUUUAAUAAUAUGGAAGGGUGCUAGCGUUUUAGCUCAAAUCAAACUUGUUGAAGAACUGUUUAUUACCAAUAACGAUUGGGAUGUUCAUGGGAGCAGAAUCUUACAAUAUAAAUGUAUUUUCACGUAUUAA